AUGAACCCAUUUAUCAGCUGGGCCAUCCUGCUGGUGGUGGCUGGUAGUCUCGGAUGGUACUACACCAAUGGCAGCGCACCAAAGAUCAAGGCUCAGCCUGUCCGCGCUGUCGUUGAAAAGGUGGAGGCAACAGUAGCACCCAAGAAACAAAAGCGGAAGAACAAGGCCUCCGAACCUGCCAUCUCCAAGAAGCCCGAGGUGCAAACUGUUGUUUCCCCUCCCACAAGUGGAGAUGAGCCGGAGGACGACGUUGACAAUAAGGAGAUGGCCCGCCGCCUGGCUGCCAUCAAGAAUGGCAUUUCGCCUGCCGGCCCCGCUAGCAAGAACCAGAAGAAGAAGGCAAAGAAAGCUGCCCAGCUUGAGAGCGGCUCACACGCCUCUUCCACCGGCGCCGAUGCUGACGAUGACCUCUCCCCCGCCGUCUCUCCCGUUGUCAACGCUUCGACUUCCGCCGGCUACGUGUCCGACAUGCUGGAGGCCCCGUCUCCUGCCGCCUCCGUUCUCCGCGUCACUGGAAAUGUGAAAUCUGAGCCUAAUAAGGAGAAGGUCCAGUCUUUCAAGCAAGUUGAGACCAAGAAGCAGCGCCAGCAGCGCCUCAAGAACGAGGCCCGCAAAGAACAGGUCCAAGAGGCGGAGCAGGAGCGCCGCAAGUUGCUCGAGAAGCAGCUGCAUACCGCUCGGGAAUCUGAGCGCCGCGAGGCCGCUCGCUCUCAGCCAGCCACCAGCAACGCCUGGGAGGGCAAGGACAAGGCUAAUGGCACCGCCGCUCCCCAUGUGGCCCCUGCUGCCCCCGUGCAGCUUCUCGACACAUUUGAGCAAGCUCCGGCUACUCACCCCGCUAAGAAGUGGGACCAGGGUCUUCCUUCUGAGGAGGAACAAAUCCGUAUUCUGGAAGCUUCCAAUGGCGUCGACGAUUGGACCACAAUCUCCAAGAAGCCCAAGAAGACAUUCGGCAAGGUUACUGAGAGCAUCUCCGAGGCCAGCGCAUCGGAGCCCUCCCCUGCCCCUGUCCCCGUUGAGCCUCGCGUGACCGUUGUGCCCACUUACCUGCCUGAUAUUAUGCGCUCUGGCAAGAAGGGCCACCCGCUGGACUCGGACUGGGCCGCUUAA